AUGGACACAACAGCUUCGCCCGUCGAUUGCCGGUUCCGAUCCGACCAGCUGGAUCUUCUUGCAGCAUACGCAAAUCCGGAAUAUGGCUCCAUGGCACCGUCGAUGCUGGUCGAAGGCCCUUCUUCCUCGGGCAAGACAUACACUCUGCGCAAGUACUUUGGACAUUUGCAGCGAAAUAGGCAAAUAUUGUUUUCAGAAAUCCAAUGUGAAUACUGUCUCACGCGCAAAACAAUCUUGCACACGAUUUUGCGCAAUUUGAUCAACUUGCUCGAUAUUAAUGUCCAACAGUCAGCCGAAAUGAUCAGUAAGUGCGAUGGACUUGGAACUUUUGUGGAGGUGCUGAAACAGAUCGAACACAUAUACACUACCAUGUCUGACGGCACACGACACCCCCCUGUCGUGUUUGUGCUUGAUCGAGUGGAGAGAUUGCUUCCAAAUGAAAACUCCUCAGAGCUCUGCAUAGCACUGUCGAAAGCUCAUGAGCAGAGUCCAGCUCUUGACUUAUUCACGUUUGUCUACGUGGUAAAUCGCAGUGACUCCCUCAAUCUUCAAACCCUCGCACUGCCUACCAUCGCCUUUACCUGCUAUUCCAUUGACCAGAUCAAAGACAUCUUGCUUGACUGGAUAACUGAUUCAGAUUCACCGUUUCUUCCUCCCCAUCAGUUCAGAUCAUUUGCUCGACAGUUUCUUGACAUCAUACUAGACACUUACACAUCAUAUUUUGGCUCAGAUAUUGGGCUCAUGGUCCCUGUACUGGCAAAGCUGUGGCCAGUCUUCAUCAACCCGGUCAAUGAGCUCGGACGCAUACAGAACGGCACCAACGACGUGCUCACUACAUUUCAGCGGAAUAAGUCAUUGUUGCAAAGCGAACAAGGCCUCUUGGACGACCUUGCCAGUGCAGACAUUCCGUCAAGCGACCUGCCUAAGAAAACCAAGUACAUUUUGAUUGCAUCGUACCUUGCAUCUUACGAUGACCCCAAAUACGAUCUAAUUCUGUUCUCCAAACAGAGAGAAGCGCGCUCGAACAGGAAAGUUCGCCAUUCCAAAAAGAAAAGCACCAAACCAAGCGACCAGCUGUCGUCCCGGAUGCUUUCCCCACAGGCGUUCACGCUUGAAAGAUUGCUAGCAAUCUUGCACGCAAUAUACGACGAGAACUGCGACGAGCCUCUAUUGAACGACGUAGAGCUUUUAUCGGAACUUGCCACGCUUUCGACACUCAAAUCUGUCAUGAAACUAAAACUAGGCGACACCAUCGGAGGCGGCACCAAAUGGAAAUGCAACGUCAACUGGAGCGUUAUCAAGAAGUUCUCGGACGACGUGGGGUUUGAAAUAGAAAAUUUCCUGAUAGACUAG